AUGGGCUUCGUCGAAGCUCUAGUGGAGAAUGCCUCCAUCAAGACAAUUCCCCUCGCCACGGUUGUCGUUUGGGCAGCUCUGAUGACCAUAGGCCGCAUACAAGAGCACCGGAAAAUCAAGAGCCUCGGAAACUAUGGCCCUUCUCUAAAGCCUCUUCUUCCGUUUGGCCUGGAUUUUCUUUACCACGGUAUUCGCUCCACCAUCGCCCAGCAGAACCUCGAGCUAUGGAGAGACGUCUUCUUCAGUCAGUUCUGGACCAUCGAGAUGCGCAUCCUCAACGAGCGAGUCUGCUUCACGGGUGACCCCGAGAACAUCAAGGCUAUGCUCGCAACGCAGUUCCACGACUUUGGCAAGGGGAAGCGGUUCCAUGAGGAGUGGUCCGACUUCCUCGGCGACAGCAUCUUCACUGUCGACGGCGCGCGCUGGCACGACAGCCGCCAGCUCCUGAGGCCGCAGUUCUCCAGGGACCGCGUCAGCGACUUGCAUUGCUUUGAGAAGCACGUACAGAUACUGUUCAAGGCCAUAGCCAAUGGCGGCCCGUUGGAUGGGGAGGAUCAGCCUGUUGAUCUCGCUCGGGCUGACGGACGACGUGUCGACAUGAAGGAUCUCUUCUAUCGAUAUACACUCGACGCUUCCGCCGACUUUCUACUGGGCACCGAUAUCAAAUGUCUGACAACCCCUGAGCAAACCAUCAUGCACUCCUUCAACGAAGUCCAGCGCAUCCAAAACAUCAUGAUCCGCAUCUCCAAGCUGCGCUGGCUCAUCCCCAAGAAGGCCUACCACGCCGCCAUCAGAGACAUUGAAAACCUCGUCAACCCCAUCAUCCAGGGUGUCCUGAGCAUGAGCCCAGACGAACUGGCCGCCCACACAAAAUCCGACCGCGACUACACCUUUCUGCAUGAGCUCGCCAGCUUCACCCGCGAUCCCAAGCUGAUGCGCGACCAGAUCUUCUCCAUCCUGCUGGCUGGCCGUGAUACCACCGCCUCGGCCCUGUCGUUUGCCAUGUACGAAUUGAGCCGCCACCCGGAAGUCGUCGCGCGUCUUCGCAGCGAGAUCCUCACCACCGUUGGCACCCAUCAGCUGCCCACCUACGAGCAUCUUAAGGAAAUGUCCUAUCUACGCGCCGUUCUCAACGAGACACUCCGCCUAUACCCUCCCGUCCCAUUCAACGUCCGCAUCGCCCUCAAAGACACGACCCUCCCCCGCGGCGGCGGCCCCGACGGGACCGAACCCCUAUCCAUCCUCAAGGACACACAAGUCGCAUACUCGACCAUCGUCAUGCAACGCCGCCCUGACCUCUACCCCCCGAUCUCGGAAUCCUUUGCCGACCCGGCCAUCUUCAGCCCCGAGCGCUGGGCCGUCUGGCAUCCCCGGCCGCACGACUACAUCCCUUUCAACGCCGGCCCGCGCUUCUGUAUUGGCCAGCAGUUUGCCCUCACUGAGAUUGGAUAUACGCUGUGCCGCAUCUUCCAGCGCUUUGAUCGCGUCCAGAGCUUCAUGCACGAGAUUGAUGACAGCCAGCCGCUAUUGAAGUCGGAUAUUGUCUUGUCUCCUGGACCAGGAGUGCAUGUGGCCUUCUGGGAGGCUAAGAAUGACUAA